CGGCCAGUCGCUGCAAACACGCCAGGGUUUUGUUACAGGGUGGCUUGUGGACGACUGGCGACGCUGUGCGAGCAUUAGUGCGACCGGUUCACCCCGACAGAAAGAGGCUGAAGGCGGCUGUGGAAGGGAGAGGAGCAGGGGGAAGACCGCGCGGCGUGUGAAGCAAUGCAGCGGGUCACGGCGCGGCUCGUCGCCGGGCUGCUGGCGGCGGUGCUGUCUCUGCUGUCCGGGCAGUGCUGGGCGGACGGCGGGGGCCUCAGCCUCGCAGAGCGGGUUAUCUGGGCUGUGAACGCCGGGGGAGACUCGCAUGUGGAUGUGCACGGUAUUCAUUUCAAGAAGGACCCAUUGGAAGGGAAAAUCGGUAAAGCAUCUGAUUACGGGGUGCGUCUGCCAAUCCUACGCUCCAGUCCGGAGGACCAGAUUCUCUACCAGACGGAGCGGUACAAUGAAGACACUUUUGGGUAUGAUGUCCCCAUUCGUGACGACGGAGACUAUAUACUAGUCAUGAAAUAUGCAGAGGUUUACUUUGCACAGUCACAGCAAAAGGUGUUUGACGUCCGCGUAAACGGCCACACUGUGGUUAAGGACCUGGACAUCUUUGAUCGAGUGGGCCACAGUACCGCUCAUGAUGAGAUAGUGCCGUUCUCUAUUAAAAAAGGCAAGCUAAGCGUGCAAGGAGAGGUGUCCACCUUCAACGGCAAGCUCACAGUGGAGUUCGUAAAGGGUUACUAUGACAACCCCAAGGUCUGCGCGCUCUACGUCAUGAAGGGGACUUUAGAAGACGUACCGAAGCUUCAGCCUCACCCCGGCCUGGAGAAGCACGAGGAUGACGAGGAAGAGGAGGAGGAAAGCGAAGCAGGCGAGGAAGGCGGGAAGAAAAAGGUCCAGCCAGGCUCCAAGUACAAGGUGCAGUCGGGCCCCCGGACGCCGAACCCAUACUCAGCCGACAACAGCAGCCUAAUGUUCCCCAUCCUGGUGGCGUUCGGAGUCUUCAUCCCCACGCUGUUCUGCCUCUGCCGGCUGUGAGCUGAAACUAACCGAAGGAGUGGAGGAGCGACGCCAGCAGGCAGAGCAUAGAGAGAGGAGGGGGGAGGAUGGAGAGGAGGUCACUGUGACAACAGCAGCACAGGUACAAGCAUCCACAGGAGAGGGAGCCAAAGGCCGGAGGAAAAUCAUAACGGAGGACGAGAAAAAAGAAAAGAAAGAGACAAGUUAUCGGAAAGCCACUGCCAGACGAAGCGAAGCGCUGCUUUAUUAGGAAAACAACAAAAAGAGAUGUGGGAAGUGUAUUCUGCACGCUUCUUCGAAUGUGCUUCUCAUCCACCUCUGCUGACACUUUUUCUUUUCUUUUUGAACAAUCUUAGUCAUUUCCAUUUAAAAAAACAAAACAAAACAAACAAGAAACCAGCUGGACAGGAAGUUCAGCCGUCAUGCAAGAAGCCACAGCUCUGCAGCUCAGAGAUGCUCAGGAGCGAUUUGGGUCUGGGCCAAUUUUCUAAACGAAAACACUUGGUCUUCGUACGGGGCGCGACACGGGAGCGCGCUCUCCCUCACAGCUCCUGCUUAGCAUCCUGGCAGACGCGUUCGGCUCAGAUUGACAAUGGUGCUGCUUGGAAAUUGGGUAUCUAGAAUAGAAAGUGUGAACGAGACGGUUCGUGUGUGUGGUUUUUUUUUUGUUUAUUCAGAUCUAGCUGGCCUUCUGUCGUCUACCUGCCAUGCGACAGUGAAAGAUGGAGGGAGUUACGCUUGAACCAGCUCCGUAGCUGGCACUUCGUUUGCUGUCCUUACCUCUACAUAAACACAUUUUAUCACGGUUAAAAUGCACUUUGGAGUCGUCACACAGAUUCUGAUUUAGUUUUUAGAAAUACCCAACGCAUUUUAAGUUGAUUACCGCUCCAAACGUGGAUCCGUCAGGAAGCCUUUACAAACUUUUUGUCAUUGUUCAAAGACAAAGUUUGUGCUGUGAAAUGCUGAAGUAUCCAUAAAGGUCAUACAGGUGCAGCUCAAUAAGUCAGAAUACCAUGGAGAACAUUUAGUUCAGAAAUUUGGUUCUAAAAGUGAAACUCGUGUAGAUUCUUUAAAGAAAAAAAAUAUAUAUAUAUAUAUAUAGAUAGAUAUAUUAUGGCUUACAGCUAAUAUCAAAAAUAUCAAAAAACAUAUUUAAUACAGAAAUGCUGAAAAAUAUCUCCACUGCCACAGUCUUACCAAUCGAGUACAGAAACUAGGAUCAGUGAUGUUGUUUUAGAAAACAAAAUGUGCAUCAAAUAUUGUCGCCUUCCGAAAACAAUAAUCCAUGUAAAUUUUUUUUUUUUUUACAAAAGAUGAUGUAGGCAAAAAAUAAAAAUAAAAAAAUAUAUAUACUUUUGGCAAAAAAUGGCUUUGAUCGUUACUUUAGGAAGGUGACGAUGUGCCAUCAGAUGAUGUACUGAUGUUGGACUCGAUUUAAGAAAAGAAUAAUAAUAAUACCACCUGAACGACACUAACAGAUGAAACGGCUUUCCGAAUCAUCAACUACGAAACGGGACUCUUCGUAUCGUGAAUCUUCUCCAAACUCUAAAAGCUGCGGCAGUCCGUGUUAUUACUUCAUCCUUUCCUACCACACUUUUUCCUUCCACUCAAUUUUUCAUUAAUACGGACUCAGACCAGCUUUCUUCAAGAUUGUGUAGGCCAAAAUGACUGACGUUUCUACAAUAAAAAAUGUUGUUUGGCGGUUUUCAUUAGCUGUAAGCUGCAGUAGAAGCUUGAAAUGCAUCACUCUAUAGUGGAUCUACGUAGAGUUUUAUAGUUUUCGAUCCAAAUUACAUUUAUGAAAUGAUACAACUUUUUAAUAUGUUUAUUGUGUUGCACCUGUACAGCUUUUUAAAAAUGUUUUAUCCAUGCAUUCAUUUACUUGGCCCGCAUGCCUCUCUGUUUCACCAAAGACUUCCUGCUUUUUCUUCUUCAGCAGACGGAGGAGUUGGCCUGUCUAAUCUCAACGAGCGGCUUUCUUCAAAUUGCCAACGACAUUCAUAGAGAACGCCGUUCAUCUAAAAUUAAUCAAACGGCAGAUUAAAGUUUGACAUUUUUCCAACUUCUUCAAGGCAGUGAAUUUAAUUUAAUCUUUUUAAAUCGAGGACAUCCUCUUUGAGCCAUGGACCUGUUGCUCCUCUGCCUACAACGAAGCCAUCUCCACGUUUUGAGCGUUUCGUUUUCCGUGCCAAUCGGCGCGCGCUCACGUUCCGCGCGUCCUGCAGGUUUCCCUCGUUCGCACCACAACUCUGUCGGCAGGGGGAGAAAGCACAAGAAUUACAAAUAUCUGAUGUCUACCAACAUGCCACACGCGUUUUCCUUUUGGCCUUUUCAAGCUGUGUUGUCUUAAACGUUUCUUAUUUGUUUUGUUUCUUUCCCGUACGAGUUUGUUCUGAUCAGUCUUAGUUUUUGGAUGACUGUGUGCGUUGUGCCCCGUACGUAGAGUGAAAUGCGGCGCUGUUCCUCGUUUUCUUUUUCUUUUUUUUUCUUUUUUUUUUGGUCGAGUCCUAGUGGACCCUCCUGUUCAUGGAUCUAGUUACCUCUCCUAAGUGCUUUUGCUCUUACUCCCAGGAUGACUUUGAAACUUUGCCUCCUCCCCUCAGCGCUUCUUCUCUCGGCCUUUCCCUCUCCAGCAUAUGAAAGUACUUUUGUAUACUGGAGAAUUCACUUUUACGUAAAAGUACCGUUUACAAUAAUCUUCUGUAAGUUGUACUUGAGGUGGGAAAGGGCGGGGAAAAAAUUCAGAUGUUGGGGAUCCUUCCACCGUUCUCGAUUCUCCUCUCCCUUUUCUUAAUUAUUUUUUUUCCAAGGCGUUUUGUGCCAGAAGCUGUUGGGUCAGUCGUUUUUGCAGUUCUGCCUCGGCUGUUUGUUUGGUUUUUUUCUCAUUGAACUCGGAAGCAGCUUUUCUUUCUUGUGUCAAGAGGCCAAGCAUUCGAUUAGUUCAGCACCAAAGUCACUAUUGUCCUACUUCUGUUCGUCUACACGGUUGCGUGUGUAUAUAUGCGGUACGGAAACCGGUUUUGGUCUCAUCAUCUUUGGGGUCUCCUGUCAUCGUUGUAGCCGAGGUGUUCGUUCGGAUGUUCAAAUUUGUGGCCUUUCAUUCUAGGUGGGGGGAGGAGCGCUCGUUGGUACGUAGCGUAACGGGGGGGGGGGGGAUGACAAAAAAGCCGCAUUAAGUGGCUGUUUAGAAAAAUUUAAGAUGUCGGGAUAAUGUGGGAUCUAAUUUAAAUCGGAGCGGGGCCUGACUCGGAGAUGUUCUAUAUUAUGCCUGGAUUUGUUUGAGUUUUUUGUUUUUUUUCCCUUCUUCCUCAGGAUCUGUUUUGAGUUUGUGAAAUAUUUUAUUGGUGUGACAUUUUUGCACUGCCUCAUGUAAUUUUUCCAUUUUUUUUUUUUCUUUUCGUUGCCUUGAAUUAUUGAAUACAUCGUGCUUUACCAUCGUUCGCCUUGAGAUUGCUCUUUUGAUCGUUGUACAAGAACAUCCUGGCUGCUUUGUCGUCGAACAGCUUUCAGGGAUUUCUCAUUCCACGUAACGACGCGUGUUAAGAAGCAGAUCAGCAGAAUUAUUACACCUGAAGACUCACUGACCUCAAUUUUACAAAGGAGCAAAGCCAGUCAAAAGAUUAAAAAAGAAGAGAAAAUCCAUCCCGCUCUGAUUUCUAGGACCUGUUGUCGUCUGUCAUCUCAGCUGAAUGAACUAGACUGGAGUUUUGUUUUUUCUUCUUUUUCUUGCCACACAGGAACCAAAGAAAUGUCGUCAUUCCAUCUAAUCUCUUUUCUACAGUCACACAAGAUUGGUUUCAGUUAGAGACGAAUCAAUCGGUGCAUCUCUACUUCAAAUAUAUUUUUAUUUUCUUUCGUCUCACCUGAUUAGCGAGUUGAUCGAAAAAUGUCCUCAGAUUUUUUUUUUUUUUGAAAACCCCGUUUCUCCUCCUUGACGACUUUUAAAAAAAAAAACAACAAAAAAAAAACCAGAGAAAAAAAAUAAAGCCAGAACAACUCGUGUUAUUAAUAACAAAUGUUCACUGGCGUCUUUGCUUUCGUCCUCCCCUCCACCCAGAUUAGCUGAAUGGAUUGGACUCAUUCGCAGUGAGACGCGGCUGAAGAGCGGAGCAGCUCGCUCCUCAGUCGUACGGUCAGCCAGGUCUGCUGCCGGUCACGCGGUGCGAUCGUGCGAGAUUGUUCUGCUACACGCAUCCCGUCAUCCUGUAGAUACGCGUGUCGGAGAAACGUCCGAGAAGGCGGCGGCAGGUGGACUGAUGAAAUAUUUGUAAGACCUCUGAUCUUGUGACGCAGAUGUGGCAUAUUUCAAGCUGCAAGAUGGGGGGGGGGAAUUGCUGAUUUAUGCUGUAUCUUUUUAAUAAAUGUGCUAUUUUUAUCAGAA